CUGAAUUCCCUCCGUCGUGGCUCCCGUUCCUCCCACUUCCACUCCCAACAAGAAGUGAUCCUCUCCAUCCUCUCCUACGACGGCGAAGGAAUCCACUACUUCUUCUUCGAGCUGGCUGUCCAAUCGGGUUUAAUCGACAGGAGGCACGUCAAGAGGUUGGGGGAAAUCAGCGCCUGGGCGGAAUUCGGAGGAUGCAGCGUGAGCCUCUCAUUUAAAGGUAGGGAUUUGAACGAAUUGAACGGGGACAUAGUCGCACUGUCGCCGACGUUCGAGAUCGCGCACUGGAGAGGGAAUGGGUGCAGCAAUGAAAUUGAAACGAAGAUGGCGAUGAAGAAGCUUCUGAUCGUUCGGGAUUCGACGUACCCAGAAGAACUGAGGUGCCUGCUGAACUUUUGGAAUCACAGAUCUUUCUUGGCCGAUGAGGAAGGCCACGAGACUCAAUGGAGACAUGAUGACCCUCCUCAAUACGACCUCGUCAACAAGCUCUAUCAACAAGAGCGAACUAAGAUCUUUGAUCUACAACAUCACAUGGGACUUCUACUGUUGGAGACAAAGGAAUUUGAGGAAGAAUAUGCUCAAAUGACAAAUGCUGCUAUGGCUUCUACAAUCCUGCGAAAACGUGACCAAGCAGCUCAUGCAUCUGCCUUGGCAGAGGAAAAUAAGAGAGAAGAAAGUCUGAGGAAGGCUUUAAGAGUUGAGAAAGACUAUAAUGUCACGGACCAGAAAAUUCCAUCAGAACAAAUAAAAUGA